AUGGGAUACGAAGCUGACCCGCCGCGGCCCGGUCCGGUCGUUAGUCCCGGCAGCAUAUUCCUGAUCGUUGUCACCAUCAUUGUCUUUUUACUGCCCAUCUUCAUCUACUUCCCUCCAACCCUGCCUUCAGUAACGGAGGCACUCCUCCAAACACACAGCAAGAUAGGGCUGGAUGAGUACCAACGCCGACUACCCAGGCACUCAAAAAGAGACAGCAAAGCCAGCACAAAUGGUCCUGGCAAAAUUCGGAGUUUAUGGAUCUUCCCAGUGAAGUCCUGCAAGGGCAUUGAGGUACUUGAGAGCAAAGUUGUACCUGCCGGUCUCGAAUACGAUCGCAUCUACACUUUUGCUCAGCUCAAGAGUCCGUUCCCGGUAGGGCUUGACACCCCGGACGAGGGAAAGAAGGAGCAUUCAUGGGAAUUCAUCUCGCAGAGACAGUUCCCCCGUCUUGCGACCAUUCAUGUGGAUCUUUAUGUCCCUGACAUCUGCAAGGCCCGUAGCGGAGGCCACCAAGUAUUGUCCCUGGACAACACCAACAAGUCUAGCUCGGCCAAUGCUGCUUUGGGGGACUCCUUCAUCGUUGUUCGUUUUCCCUGGCAGGAGCUAGGACUGCGCGGCACUCUGGCAUGGCUGGGCGCAAAACUUUCGCGGGGGCUUCACGCCGUACCCGAAAAGGAAAUCAUUCUCCCCGUCUCAUUUCCUUCUGAGAGUGAGAUCGAGGCCAGGAAGUACAAAUGGGAGCCGGUAAAGAUCUGGCGGGAUACGGUCACCGCGCUCAACAUGGAGGCGGACCUACCUCGGGAGCUGAGGCUGUACUUGGGAGUGAGCAACCGGCUCGGCUUAUUUCGCGUCGACCCGGCCCGAUUGCGGGAGGUGUACCGGAAUGCGCCCAAGAAGGAAGAGGCCGGCUAUCAGCCCGUUACAGGCUGGCAGGAUGCGUACCCCGUGCAUAUGCUCAACCUUUCGAGUGUCCAGGAUUUUGACGCCAAAAUUGACAAGGAUGACAACCUCAAAUCACUCGACCCGUUGAGGUUUCGAGCCAACAUUAUAGUUGACGGCGUCAAAGCCUAUGAAGAAGAAACCUGGAAGACAAUCCGCUUCAAUCCCGGCCAAUCUAACAAACGACAAGACAAGACCAACUUUCAUGUAUCAUGCCGGACCGUACGCUGCAAAAUGCCCAACGUGGAUCAAGACACAGGUUUCCGUCACCCUUCCGAGCCAGACCGAUCUCUUCGAAAGUACAGAGACGUAGAUCCGGGGAUCAAGGGCGUUGGCUGCCUCGGCAUGCAGCUCACCCCCUUGUUCAAUGACCCUACUGCCGAACAUGCAGGUAGUCCCAAUGCCGAUGAUAUAGUGAUGGAUAACUGGGUCGAAGUCGGUAUGGAUGUCGAGGUGCUCAGCCGAGGACCUCAUCGGUACGCCAGGAUGUUUGAGACUGAUAGGCCGGAUAUCUGA